AACCUGUCGUCGCAUUCUACAAUCUUCUUAGGAAAAAGGCUGUUCUUGUUAGCUCUCAAUACCUUCCUCCAGCAGUCGGCCCUAUUAGAGAGAGCAGCCCUACCGCUUGAUCAAUCUACCAUUUAAUUCAUUCUUUGACCCACUUCAGCGGCAGUCUCCGGAGCACCAUUACCCCUGUAAAUCUCUUUGAAGGACCCAAAACAUCGUUGAGAACGUCCGUCAUUUCUGUAGAGGGCUGCGAACGCAGUCAGUUCAACGUCGCAGUUGUGUCGUUUGGCCGUGGCCAAUCCUAGUUUUUUAACCUACAUAGUCUCCCUUCCUAUUUUGCGCUUUCCCCUCUAAGCCGUCCCCUUCUUUCGCCGGGUUGGCAACAUCGACCUCCGUUCCUCCCCCCUCAACCCCUUCCGCGGGUCCUUCCCCGCCGUCAUCUCCUUAGUAUAGCCGAGUUGUUUUCGCGUCAAGCCAGCACUCCCUCCGACCCUUAGCUCCACGGCAAUCAAUCAGUCAAUCAUCAGCUGCUGAACAUCAGCUCGGCUAGAAGAUCGGAUCCCGACAUGGACUCGGUCGACAACGGUCCAGACGCCAAACCAGCGAGAGGAAGUCGACCAGGUAGCCGCUCUAGCAGCCGGCCGGGCAGUCAUUCCGGCAGCCGGCCCGGCAGUUUUAGCGGCAGCCCGCGCCACUCGUUCAGCCGAUCCACCAUGUCCAUCGGCGGCGACCUCUACUUCACGCCAGACGGCUCCCCGACAUCAUCUUCUGCGGCGGGGGCGGCAGGGGCGCAUCCCACGAAGAUUAGCCCGGAGCGCCGACGAAGCAGUAAUGGAGGCGGCGGCAACGGAGGAGGUUCGCGCCCGUCGGCGUCCGUCCCCUCGCGGCAAGCACGGCUGGACCGGCCGCCGCCAUUGGUGCGGCCAAUCAACGACCCCGAAACUCCAGACGCGGAUCCGGAAAGCCCUUCAUCUGGCGAGGAGCUCAGUGACGCGGACCUGAUUGCCUAUGGCUCGGGGCCGCGGUCGCUGCAGCCCACGACCUCGGGAAUACCGUCCUCUCCGCCUCCGCUUCUCGCCGACCCACCCAUCGGUGGCGACUACUUUUUCGGAAAGCACAGUCAUCUCGAAGGCAGCUUCUCCGGCGGCGGCGGCGGUAGCCUUGGUGGCGGCGGCAGCCUCGGUGGCGGCGGCAGCCUCGGUGGCGGCGGCAGCCUCGGUGGCGGCGGCAGCCUCAGUGGCGGCGGCAGCCUCGGUGGCGGCGGUAGCCUCGGUGGCGGCGGCGGUAACGGCUCGCUCGCGGGUCCGAAGUUCCCGACGUUGGGCAGCGGGCUCGGACGGCCAGGCGCGAACAAGCCUACGCUCGUGAUUCCGCCGGUUAUGAUCGACGGGGUGACGGUUCCGUCGCCCACGCCGCAGGAAGCGUCGCCGGAUCCGGAAGACAUGGCGCCGUCGCCCGCCCCGCUGUUCCACUGGCCGUUCGCCACCAACAUGCCGAUAAUCUCGCCGGGUUUCACGCACCAAUCUGCGCAACAACAGGCGCCAGGUUCCGCGGGGUUCACCCGCGGAGCGGCCACGCGCGCGGACGCGCUUGCGGCGGCCGCCGCCAUCGUUGCGGGCCUUGGGGACGAUACGAUCGAGGGUGGCGGACCCAUCGCGGCUCCGCCAACGCUUCCCCGGACGCUGUCGCGGGAAAUGUCGCGCGAACUCUCCCGCGGGCUGUCCCGUGGCGGCGGCGGCGGUGGCGGAGGGAUGGGGGAGAUGGGUGGAGGGCUGACGCGGCAGCUGUCGCGCGCACUGUCGACGGAGCUGUGGGACAUUCCGCUCUCCACCGUGCCGUCGCUGUUCUUUUCCGCCACUCCGCGCCGCCAAGCGCCCCCGCCGCCCGUCAACAUCGGCGCGAAUGUCACGGUUGACAGCAGCAAGGCACAAAACACGUGGUCCGUGUCGCUGUGCGGCGCGUGCGGGCGUCACUCCACGUGUCUGUGCAUGGAGGCCGUGCUGUGCCCGUGCGUCACGGUGGGCCGCGUCGCAGUGGCCGUCGAUCCGGCCUCCUACUCGCACUGCGGCGCCUCCACGUGCUCCGCGCUGCUCUCCUGCCUCCUCUCCUGCCACCUCUACUCCGCGACCCUGCGCAACAAGGUGCGGGGGAAGUACGCUAUCCAGGGCUCCGCGUGCGGGGACUGCUGCGCGCACUGCUUCUGCCACGCGUGCGCGCUCAUGCAAGAGCUGCACGAGCUGCAGGUGCACGGCGACGCGCCCUUCCAGGGCCACUCCAAGAAGGUGGCGCCAAUGGAGCAGACCAUGAGGCGAGUCACCUCCAUCCCUGGCUGACACACACCAACCGAGCAGCACCGCCAGGAUCAGCCUCCCUCCCUCCUCCACCUCCUCUUCAACCCUCUCCUUCCCCCCUUCUCCUCCUCCUCCUCCUCCUCCUCCGCCUACCCUCAUUUCACCUACCCCAGCCAUAAGCUCUCUGGCCGCCUGACUCCCUAGUCCCUAAUCGCCCUCCCCCGCCUCUCUCCCUUGUACUCUAAAGCCGUAGGUGGGCAUGUGAGUGGUGAAGAAGCAGCCGGACCGGGACAACACGCAGCAGCAGUGCUAAGAAGAGACCAGCGUAUUGGAACCGCCCUGGUGCAAGGGCGUUCCUGCAGCCUCGGCUGGGGAGGCUUCAGCACUGUCUGCUGUGGCUUUUGUUCCUGAAUAAGCUCACCUAUGAGCCAUCGCCGGAGGCAGCAAGUCCCUUCUUCCACUGUUUCCCAAUCAUAGUUUUUGCUUGUUUUCUAUAUCUUGCACCUCAUCAUAUGUGACAACGUAUCUAGAUUUAAAAAAAACCUAUGGAUAUC